GGCGUGGAUGACAGGCGUGUCUCAGGCCUCCCUUCCUCCCUGCGUGUCCUUAUGUGGAAGGCGGAAGUGGCGCACCUGUGACUUGACGUCACACAUUGAAAAUACCUGCAGCUCCGACAGUGUUCACUUCGACAACUACCUCGCCUAAGUAAGGGCGUCCUUCCUUCCUUCCUUCCUUCCGUCCGAUCGUCCGUCCGUCGACACGACUCCGCUCCAGUCCGGCCUGCUGAGGAAUACACCAUUUAUUUGAUCGUCAGCAUUUCAAAGAGUGCUUUUGUGGAUCAUAGCGGGCAGAUGAGGGCCGCCACGUUUGCGGUGUGGGGGGGAACUUUGGCCGUCGUUCUUCAGGCUUGGGCCGUAGUUUCUGCUGAAGAGCAAUCAUGCGUGCCUGGCUUUCAGUCAGACAUGAAGUUUUUCACUGUGACCAGAAAGCACUUAGGAAGGGGCACCGUGUUGGGCAAAGUGGACUUCUCGGACUGCUCAGGUCGCACAAGAUUUCGUUUUACAAGUGAAGACUCGCGUUUCUCCGUCCAAACUGAUGGUGUCAUGAAGGUCAACAGGCCGGUGUCUCUUCAUGAAGGUCAAAUUGACUUUUUGAUGCACACCUGGGACUCUCAAGGGCGCAAGAUGACCAUUCCUGUCAGGCUAUUAUAUCAUUCAGAGAGAACUGAUGAUGCCGAAGUGCCAGUCUUGCAAUUCCCCCAGUCUAAUGGAGGAUUACGGAGGAGAAAGAGAGACUGGGUGAUUCCAGACAUUAACGUUGCGGAGAAUGACCGAGGUCCCUAUCCCCUCAAAGUAUCUCAAAUUCGGUCCAAUGCAGACCAAAAGAAGAGGAUCUUUUAUAGCAUCACUGGUCCAGGAGCUGAUCAGCCUCCUGUUGGUCUUUUCACCAUGGACAGAAACACCGGGAAUCUUUACCUCACACAACCGCUGGACAGGGAAAAGCAGGCCAGGUACUUGUUUAAAGCCUUCGCCGUGGCAGAUGGUUCUGGAAACGCUGAGGAGCCCAUGGAAAUUAUUGUCAAUGUCAUUGAUCAAAAUGACAACAACCCUGUUUUUGAAAAGGAUACCUUCUUGGGAGAAGUGGCUGAGGCAUCACCAACAGGUUUUGAGGUCAUCAAGGUGAACGCCACGGAUGCGGAUCAGGAAAACAAUGACAAUUCUGAUAUCCGUUACCGUAUUGUGAGUCAAGAUCCCGAGUUUCCUGCGGCAAAUCUUUUUACCAUUAAUCCAGUGACUGGCGGCAUCCGAAUCAAUGCCGGCGGCUUAGACAGAGAGAAAUAUCCCAGGUACACUUUAGAAGUGGAGGCAGCUGACUUGAAGGGUAAGGGGCUGACUGGAAAGGCCAAAGUUAUUCUCACUGUGACUGAUAGCAACGACAAUGCGCCAAAAUUCACCCAGAACUCGUACGAUGCAUCGGUGGAAGAAAAUAAAGUGGACGUUAUAGUCUUAAAGAUGACCGUAACAGAUGGUGAUGAACCACAUUCUCCAGCCUGGAAUGCAAAGUUCAAGAUUAUUAGUGGUGACCCCAAAAAACUGUUCUCUGUGGAAACCGGAAGCAACAAGAACGAGGGAAUCAUUACGACUGUCAAGGGUCUGGACUUUGAGCAGAACAGCAAACAUACCUUGUUGGUUGUAGUGGAGAAUGAAGUUCCCUUUGCUAUUCCCCUGCCCACCUCCACGGCCACUGUGAUUGUAAACGUGCUUGACGUUAACGAAUCCCCGGUCUUUGAUCCGGUGGAGAAAUCGGUGUCGAAACUCGAAGACCUUCCCGUCGACGCCGACGUGGUGCAGUACACCGCUUCGGAUCCAGACAUUGCACGCAAGCAGACGGUCAUGUAUAAAAUCGUGAGUGACCCUGCUGGAUGGUUAAACGUGGCCAAAGAUACAGGCCUGAUCACUGUGAAGCAUGCCAUGGACAGAGAGUCCAUCUUUGUCAAGGACAACAAAUACACAGCGCUCAUUGGCGCAUAUGACAAUGAUGAAGUUCCAGCCACAGGAACAGGUACGCUGAUGAUCCUCCUUGAAGAUGUGAAUGACAACGCACCCACCAUUGAGGAGCGUUUUUUUACGGUGUGCAACAAAAAACCCGUGCCUCAGUUGCUGUCGGUAACCGAUAAAGACGGACCCGGCUUUGCCGCUCCGUACAGAGUCGCCUUGGAGGGCGCGUCCAAGAACAACUGGACUGCCAGAAUGAACGACUCCAAAACGGGAAUUAUCUUGAACUUGGCCACGGAGCUGCCGAGCGGCGAAUACACGGUGAUUCUUCGAGUGGCGGACAACCAGGGUUUGGAGCAAGACAGCACGGUUCAGGCCAAAGUGUGCGACUGCACCGGGGAAGAUGUCAUGUGCAAAGGACGCGUGGCAGCCGGCGCAGACCUUCCCGUUAUCCUGGGAAUUCUGGGAGGAAUCCUUUUGCUUCUCUUGCUGCUGCUACUACUGCUGCUGUUAGCGAGACGACGAAGGGGAGAACCCAAAGAGCCGCUACUGCAGGACGACGACAUCCGAGACAACAUCUACUACUAUGACGAAGAGGGAGGUGGCGAGGAUGACCAGGACUACGAUCUCGGUGUUCUCCACCAAGGUUUAGACAACCGUCCUGAGGUGUUCAGGAAUGACGUGAAGCCAGUCUACCUUACAGCUCCGCAGUACCGACCUCGUCCCGCCAACCCAGAGGAAAUCGGCAACUUCAUUGAUGACAACCUGAAGGCUGCUGACAACGACCCGACGGCGCCCCCCUACGACUCCCUGCUGGUGUUUGACUAUGAGGGAGGCGGCUCUGAUGCGGGAAGCCUGUCCACUCUCAACUCAUCCAGCAGCGGCGACCAGGACUACGACCACCUCGGCGACUGGGGGCCUCGCUUCAAAAAGCUCUCUGAUAUGUUCGGGGGAGGAGAAGAUGACGACAUGCUGUAAAUGGACCAAAGGGCAGAAUGGGUGGAGAACGCAUGAUGGAUGGAUGGAUGGAUGGAUGGAUGGAUUGUGCCCGAAUGUGAGCAUGGACUGAUUAGUUGAAACAUUCAGACUGUUCAUUGCACAUUCCCGUUGUCUGUAAGAGCCACUGCUCGAAAGCCAAAGGAGGUCAGGCCUCUUUGGUUGUGUCUUGUUGUAAUGGCCCAUUUGGACUAGCUACUCGUAGUUUCUAUUCCCUUUGGAGACUUUUUUUUGCUUGGUUGGUUGGUUGGUGUGUUUAAAGAACCAUAGCUUGAAUAUCAUUGAAUUUGUCAACGGGUCUUUGGAGAAACUUGCAGAUGCACUGGUCAACUCAAAAGUUUAUUGCGCCAAUGUGUACUUUGCAGUGCCUCAGUUUUGUACUAUUGCUUCUUUUGAAUUGAUGCUUCUGUUUAAUUUCUUCUUUUGGAGGACAAUCCUCAAUAACCUACAUGGAAUCAUUUUUUACUUUAAUGUGAUAAUGCAAUUUUGCUAAUGCUUCCAAAUGAACUUAAGACCUUUUGUUAAAUUUGGAAUUUUAUAAAGUGAUCUUAAAACAGUC